AUGACUCAAGUUCACAGACAAAAUAAAAACAAUUUCAGACAAAAUAAACUAAAUUUCAGACAAAAUAAAUAUUUCUUGAAAGCAUUGUUUACUAAUGGGAAUGCAGUCAGAGGCUAUAAAGGUGCUGCAAAUGACAGUACCCCCAGUUCUCUCUUUGCUGAAGUCAUGAGUGCACAUUUCAGUGCCCAACAAGUCGUAGAUCUGAUUUUUUCAGAUGUCCAGGAGGAACAAGAGAACAAUGAUUUAGAAGAGGAGGAGGUAUCUGAAGAAGAAGAUGGGGAAGAAUACAACCCAGAGCACGAUGCAUCAUCUUCAGAUGAAGAAGAAAUCCCCCAAGCUGAAAGAGAGACAUUUUUGUCAAAGAACAGCAAAAUAACAUGGUACUUGUCACCAUAUGACAACCAGGGCAGGAUGGCAGCACAAAAUGUCAUAAGGAUGACCCCAGGGCCCACAGGACAUGCAGUUGCCCAUGCCCAGAACAUCGCCUCAACAUUCUACAUGUUCAUCACACCAGUCAUCGAAAAAAUAAUCCUAGAGAUGACAAAUUUGGAGGGUUUCCGUAAAUAUGGAGACAACUGGAAAAGGAUGGAUGAGAUUGACCUGGGUGCCUACAUAGGGCUGCUAAUCUUAGCGGGUGUGUAUAGGUCCUGA